AUGGAUACUCCGCGGAAUCGCGCCCGUCGCUGGACCAUCGACGUUCCUGAACGCGUGGUGACCAUGUACGGUGAGCUUGGCAAUAAAUUGGUUCAACAUGCGAAACGCACACAGGCGCUCGCCCAUCUCCCACCCUAUCAGACGGAAAUCGUCCGAGCCGUGACUCGGGAAGUCCGCGACCUUGACCGCGAUGUAGCGCGCUUGCUCGACCCCUUUGAGGGUUCAUUCAAUCCCUCGGCCGACCCGGCCACCGCCUGCUCUCUUUUGGUGGAUCACCUUUGCAUGCGCCGGAAUAAGCGCUGCCUGAUGGCGUACCAUCGGGUGCGGACGGAGAAACUGGAAGAGCUUUGCUGGACGGGAGUUGAUGUGCUGGAGCAGCAACAGCCCAGCGACAUGGGCGAGGACCGAGGCGAGUACUUUCGACUGUACAGUGAUCUGCUGGCGGCAUAUAAGGGCCAAUGGACCGAUGUGGACUUGACGGGUACCUUGGAGCCCCCCCAGGAUCUCUUCAUUGAUGUACGCGUGUUGAAAGAUGCGGGGGAGAUUCAGACCGAAUAUGGUGUGAUCAAUUUGACCAAGAAUAGUCAGCUCUAUGUCCGACAAGGGGAUGUGGAGCGAUUGAUCGCCCAGGGCUUCUUGGAGAGGCUUAGUUGA